AUGAAGGUGCGAGCUGGAUUCUACCUCAAACUCCUCCUUCCCAAGGGCAAGCCUACGCUUCUAACCCCAGAAGUCCUCAAGGAAAUGCAGCUACAACAGGAGAGAAUAGAAGCUGAGAAGAAGCGGGGAUGUCGACAGGAAGCUGGUGACGGUUCCAGAAAUCCGUGA